UGCGGGAGGCUUCAGGUAGACAACGAAAGUCCGCGCGCACGCCACGACUAAAAACUCGGAUUUACGGACCUCACCUUCGCUGCUCAGGUGUCCCGGUGAAGGUGUUUCCCUACCUGCGGCCCCUCCCGCCUCGUGUCUCCCGCCGCUGUCCGGUAGUUGUGUGCGGUUGGCGCGGCUCUCGGUGCUCGGAUGACGGCGCAGGUAGAUUACCUGGCGGUGCUGCUCGCCGCCACAUCUGGCGCGAGCGGAGAGCUGCUGGGCUCCGACGAGAAGGAGCUCGUGCGCCUGGUGUGGCAGCUCGUGGACGUGAAGAACAAAAAGUUGGGCAAGCUGAAUGAGCUCCUCAUUAAGCCUGACCUCACAGACCUGAUGGAGGAGAAGGAGGACGAGGAGGAGGAGGAGGAUGUGGUGGAGGAGCACGAAGAAGAGGAGAACGGAUCCGGAGCUGACAGCGUCUCCACGACGACGAGUGUUGACGCUGCUUUGAACCUGUUACAUCUACACCUGACAAACGAGGUGAACAGCGCGGGCGCAGGCACGUCGGUGUGUUUGUGCACCGACGGGCAGCUUCAUAUCCGCCAAGUGAUUCACCCCGAAGCCGCGAGCAAGAACAUCCUGGUCCCAGACUGUUUCUACUCUUUCUUCGACCUUCGGAAGGAGUUCAAGACACACUUCCCCACUUCUGACCUCAAGGCUCUGAAUGCACUCGUCAUGGCAGAGUCUCUCAGUUUACCCGUCGACGGGUCCAACAUGUGGGAUCCUUCGGCCUCGGAGGAUCCGUCGGCCACGUUGCCUGCAGAAGCGGCCGUGCAGCAGGUCCAGCUAAUGGCCAGCAUUGUCCUCGCACUGCUUUCUGAUCCGUUUAACCACACGUUUUCCAACCCGGAGAGAGUCAGCGAGAAGUUCGAGAGUGGCACUUGCAGUAAGAUGGAGAAAGUGUGCGACCACACUGUGAUCAGAGCCAGAGGGUUGCCGUGGCAAUCGUCUGACCAGGACAUCGCUCGCUUCUUCAGAGGCCUCAACAUCGCCAAAGGAGGAGCUGCGUUGUGUCUCAAUGCUCAGGGGAGAAGAAACGGAGAAGCUCUCGUUCGUUUUGUCAGCGAAGAACACCGAGACUUGGCGCUGCAGAGACACAAACACCAUAUGGGCAACAGAUACAUAGAGGUUUAUAAAGCAACAGGAGAGGAUUUCCUCAAGAUAGCAGGAGGUACCUCCAACGAGGUCGCCAUGUUUCUGUCCCGUGAGGAUCAGAUCAUCGUCAGGAUGCGAGGCCUCCCUUUCACCGCCACACCUGAGCAGGUCCUCGCCUUCUUCUGUCCGGGGGACGGCGUUAAAGAGAUGUGUCCGGUCAGCGGCGGGAAAGACGGAAUUCUGUUUGUUCGCUACCCGGACGGUCGACCCACCGGUGACGCUUUUGUUUUAUUUGCCUGCGAGGAGCACGCUCAGUGUGCUCUGAGGAAACACAAGGAGAUCCUGGGGAAGAGAUAUAUUGAGCUGUUUAAAAGCACCGCAGCAGAAGUACAACAGGUCCUGAACCGGUACUCGUCGGCCCCUCUCAUCCCCAUUGCCCCUGCCCCCCUGGUGUCCAUGCUGCCCACCAUGUCUCUCCUGCCCCCUCCUGGCGGUGUCAGGGACUGCCUGAGGCUCCGGGGGCUGCCAUACACUGCGAGCAUCGAGGACAUCCUCACCUUCCUGGGCGAGUUUACACACGACAUCAGACCGCACGGUGUGCACAUGGUCCUCAACCAGCAGGGGCGUCCAUCAGGCGACUGCUUCAUCCAGAUGACCUCAGCCGAGCGGGCGCUUCAGGCCUCUCAGCGGCUGCACAAACACGUGAUGUCCAGCCAGCGUGGUGCCAACAGCCGCUACGUGGAGGUGUUUCCCUGCAGCGCCGAGGAGAUGGGCCUGGUUCUGAUGGGGGGCUCGCUGUCACACACCAUGCACACACACACACACACCCGGAGCAGGAGUGGGACAGGGCUCAGCCCGCCGCCAUGUUUAUCUCCACCAUCCUACUCCUUUACUCCUGCUCCAGCCGUCCUGCCCACCGAGGCUGCUGCUCUCUACCCUCCCAUUGGACAGGUGUUACUGACCCCCCGCCCCCUGCCUCCAGGCCACGCCUACUACCCCGCCUCUGCCCAGCUAUACAUGAACAUGAACAUGAACUACACAGCAUACUACCCAAGCCCACCUGGCUCGCCCACCACCUUAGGUUUCUUUCCCUCCCCCUCCUCGCUGUCCUCCCCGGGCGGUUUGGUGCGAAUGCCCGGUCUGACCUACAACAGCAACGGAGUCAAGGACCUCUUUAGCGCUGUGCAGGGAUACCAGUACGCUCCCGAGGAUGCCCUCGUGCACGCCCAUGGGCCCGUGCACGCUCACGACCCGACCAGGACAUUGCUUACGCAGCCCAAAGAAUGGGGUCCGGCUGAGUCCGUUUCUCUCCUGAGCAGCAGUCUGAUCGGUCAGUCCAGCGGAGGAGAAGCUCCUCUCAUGUCCCUCCCGGCUCUCGUCACCAAACCUGGUGGUCAAUACCUGGACCUGACCCUGCUGUAGGGUCCCACACAGGACACAAA